AUGGCAGAGUUCGUACAGCGCCGGGUAGAGGAACAAAUCCCCGAACUAGAACAGCUGGAGAGAGUGGGACUGUUAACCCGGGGGGAGGUCAGGUCUGUUGUUAAGAAGAGGACGUCUCUGGAGUACAAACUGAAGAGAAGGGUUGUGGAAAAAGAGGAUUUCAUCGGCUAUGUACAGUAUGAGAUCAACUUCCUGGAACUCCUGAAGAAGAGGCGUCAGCGGAUUGGUUACUCCUUUAAGAAGGAUGAGAUUGAAUUUGUCAUUGUACAGAGGAUCCACCAACUGUUUGGCCGGGCCACCAACAAAUGGAAGGACGACCUGCAGCUUUGGAUGUCUCAUAUUGCAUUUUGCAAGAAAUGGAAUUGCCGAUUUCAGCUGAGUAAAAUAUUUUCCUCCAUGCUGGCUGUCCACUCAGAUAAGCCAGCGCUUUGGAUAAUGGCAGCAAAGUGGGAGUUCGAGGAUCAGCUUUCAACUGAGAGCGCUCGACACCUUUUCCUGCGAGCACUCCGAUUCCACCCGGACUCCUCCAAGAUGUACCAAGAGUACUUUCGGAUGGAGCUGAUGAAUGUCGAGAAACAAAGGAAUGAGAAGGAAAUGUUGGACAAAGCCAAGAUGGACGUUGGUGAAGCUGGUUACUCAGACGCCAUCUUAAAUGGAGAAUUGGCCCGGGUGGUUUAUAAAACUGCAGUGGAGAAGAUAACAGGGGCCGAGUUCCACCUAUCACUCCUGACAAUUGCUAAGAAGUUCCAGUUCACAGAGGAGCUGCAAAAGGAGAUCCUGUCUGACCUAAAGACUCUCCACACGGAUGAUCCUCUCACCUGGGACUUCUUGGCGCGUCAGGAACUGUUAAUCAAUCAAAGCUCCACCAUCAGCAAAGUCCACGUCCAAACAGGCAAAAGCCCAGAACAUAGCGCGACAAGAGGAGCAAUGUAGUCAAGUGUAUGAGACAGCUCUGAGUUCUCUCCACAAAGAAUCCAUGUGGGAUCUGUACAUCACCUUCUGUUUAGAGAGAUACAGACGUAAAACUAACAGCAAAGAACUGAAACAACAGAGGACGGAGAGACUGCUGUCUGCUUUCUGCAAAGCACAUGAAGCCACCUUAUUAGCACCAGCGAGAUACAAGGAGUGGAUUUCAUGUCUAACGGAGCUUGGGCAGAUGGAAUCGGCAAUAGAUGUAUCUUCUGCAGCCACUGACAGGUUUGGCUCAUCUGUGGACAUAUGGAGGACGAGAUUGGAGGUUCUUAUCUCUUUGAAGGCUGGGGAUGUAGAACAGGUGUUUGAGAAGGCAUUCACACAAGUGAAGCCCAAGGACAGUCCACCUCUCUGGACAAUAAUGGUGGAAUGGAGCGAGAAGGAGAGGAGUGCAGAAGACACAGAGGCCUUGUACCAGAAACUUGUCCUAAACCCAACAGUCACCAAGACCAUGAAGUUGAAAUAUCUGGACUGGACCUACCGGACUCAGGGAUACAAGAGAACCAAGAAAGUGUUUAGUAGCUUACAUGAGAAUCGCCCUUUUUCAGAGGAGUUUUUCCAGAAGAUGAUUGACAUUGAGAAGGAGCAGGAACAAAGCAAGAUGUUCAACUUACGGGAGUAUUAUGAACGGGCAUUGCGGGAAUUUGGCUCUACGAACCCUGAUUUGUGGCUGUCUUAUAUCAAAGAAGAAUUGAGCCAUUCAGAAGGAAAACCAGAGAACUGUGGCCCCAUCCACUGGAGAGCCAUGAAAAUGCUGCAGGGGGAGGACAUUGAGCAAUUUGUGAAUAAAUACACCCUGCUACAGAUCGGACACUUAUAG